UUAUUAAUUAAAGCGUCAAAAGUCGCAUAAAAUUACGAUUACGCCACCAACCAAAAGCAAAAACGGCAAGAAAAGAGGAGGAAGGCGCUCUAGAGUGAGAAUUUAGGAAGGAAGGAAGGAAGAAAUAUACAUUUUAUAGAGAGAGGAAGGAGCUCAACGAACCGUUGAAACGAAUCAAACCGACUUAUAACAAUGGCUAUGUUUCAAAAUUUGUGAAUUCAACUUAUUUUCCAUGGAGUUACCCGGUAGACGAUCGAAUUAUACUCUACUGAGUCAGAUUCCAGACGACCACCAGCAGCAGCCGAAGUUCUCCGCCGUAUCCGGCGGCGUGCCUUCGUACUACGAGUCUCUGUCCGGCGACAAGAACAAGGGAAAGAACGAUAGAGGCUUUGACUGGGACCUGACGGAUCAUCGGAUGAUUCAGCAGCAGAAUCGGAUCGGGUCGGCGGCGUUUCCGGUGUCGAUCGGGCUGCAGAGGCAGUCAAGCGGGAGUAGCUUCGGUGGGAGCUCGCUCUCGGGGGAUUAUUACGUCCCGUCGUUGUCGAUGGCGGCCAGCGAUCCUGACGGGUUCGGCCACUUGCACGAUGAUGUGUUCAAGAUUGGCGGUGGCAGUGGCGGUGGCGUAGGGGAAUUGAGGUUUAAGUCGGUGGAAGCAAGCGGCGGUGGCGACGGAGGGUCAUCGUCGUCCAAGAGUUGGGUGCAGCAGACGGAGGAGAGUUACCAGUUGCAGUUGGCUUUGGCUCUUCGGCUUUCUUCGCAAGGUACCUGUGCUGACGAUCCCAAUUUUUUGAAUCCGGUGCUGGAUGAAUCCACAUCAAGAUCAUUACCUCUGUCCGCUUCAGCAGAGGCUAUGUCACAUCGAUUUUGGGUGAAUGGCUGCCUUUCAUACUUCGACAAAGUUCCUGAUGGAUUUUAUUUAAUUCGUGGGAUGGAUCCAUUUGUAUGGACUAUAUGCACUGAUCUACAAGAGAGUGGCCGUAUUCCAUCAGUUGAAUCACUAAAGGCUGUUGAUCCUAGCACAAAUUCUUCAAUUGAAGUGAUUUUGAUUGAUCGGCAUAGUGAUCCUGGCUUAAGGGAACUACAGAACAGGAUUCGCAGCGUCUCCUCUGGUUGCAUCACCCCAAAAGAGGUUAUUGAUCAGCUUGCAAAGCUCGUCUGCAAUAGUAUGGGGGGUGCAGCUUCCACUGGAGAAGAUGACUUUGUUCCCAUCUGGAAGGAAUGCAGUAAUGAUCUUAAGGAUUGUUUGGGAUCUGUUGUGCUUCCAAUUGGUAACCUAUCUGUUGGCCUCUGCAGACAUCGUGCUUUGCUAUUCAAGGUGCUAGCUGACACAAUUGAUUUACCAUGUCGAAUUGCCAAGGGCUGCAAAUAUUGUACAAGAGAUGAUGCUUCUUCUUGUCUUGUUCGGUUUGGGCUUGACAGAGAGUAUCUAGUUGAUUUGAUUGGGAAGCCAGGAUGCUUAUGCGAGCCCAAUUCUUUGCUAAACGGUCCAUCUUCAAUCUCAAUUUCAUCACCAUUGCGCUUCCCACAGUUCAGACAAGUUGAACCUGCAAUUGAUUUUAGGUCACUGGCCAAACAGUAUUUUUCGGACUGCCAAUCACUCAAUAUUGUAUUUGAUGAUUCUUCCACAGGUACUGUUAUCGAUAAAGAUGCUGGAGACUCCAUGCAUCCUGAUUGGAAGGGCAAAGAUAGAAAUAACCUUGUGCCUGAUUCAAGCAACAGCGAUGAAAUUUCUCGUUUACUUUCGCAACAAAAAGUCGUCUGGCAAACUGCUCGUGAUAGAGAUUUACAGCAGUUCAAAUCACCUAAUCCUCAUAAUAUCAUAAACUCAAAAAACAUAGCCAAAGAUCCAGUCCCUCUAAAGCCGAUACCACCAGUCGUGCAUAGAGAUGUUCAACCACUAAUGGCCUUGUCUGAUACGAGGGUAGACACAGUUAGAGAUUCGAGGUUCAUUGAGGGAGUUCAACUGGUUCCAAGUAAACCAAGUAGAGAAGUUGCCCUUGACGUGGAAGAAUUUGACAUUCCAUGGAGUGAUCUUGUUCUGAAGGAGAGAAUUGGUGCCGGUUCUUUCGGUACUGUCCAUCGUGCUGAAUGGAAUGGUUCGGAUGUUGCUGUGAAGAUUCUCAUGGAACAAGACUUUCACGCAGAGCGAUUCACAGAAUUUUUGAGGGAGGUUGCAAUAAUGAAACGCCUGCGGCAUCCAAAUAUCGUUCUUUUUAUGGGUGCUGUUACUCAGCGACCAAACUUGUCCAUAGUAACAGAAUAUUUAUCAAGAGGGAGUUUGUAUAGACUUUUGCAUAAACCUGGUGCAAGGGAAGUGUUGGACGAGAGGCGUCGUUUAAGUAUGGCCUAUGAUGUUGCAAAAGGAAUGAAUUAUCUUCACAAACGCAAUCCUCCUAUUGUUCAUCGAGAUCUGAAAUCACCAAAUCUUCUAGUUGACAAAAAAUAUACAGUGAAGGUUUGUGAUUUUGGUCUUUCCCGUCUAAAAGCAAACACGUUUCUUUCAUCAAAGUCUGCAGCAGGAACUCCUGAAUGGAUGGCACCGGAAGUUCUCCGUGAUGAACCAUCAAAUGAGAAGUCCGAUGUAUACAGCUUUGGUGUGAUUUUAUGGGAACUGGCAACACUGCAACAACCCUGGGGAAACUUGAAUCCAGCACAGGUGGUAGCAGCUGUUGGUUUUAAGUGCAAAAGACUUGAGAUUCCACGGGACUUAAAUCCUGAAGUAGCUGCCAUGAUCGAGGCAUGCUGGGCCAAUGAGCCCUGGAAACGUCCUUCUUUUGACAGUAUCAUGAAAUCCUUAAAGCCAUUAAUUAAACCUCCCACCCCUCAACCAGUUCAUGCAAACAUGCCACAACUCCCGUGAGAUGGUGCAGAACACUUGGAAAGUUUUUGUUGUGCAUAUAUAUAACAUUCUUUUCAUGUUUCUGAUUUUUGGCGGAGAACGCUGCUCAUAUAACUCAGGAUUAUUGUUGUACAUAUCUGUUCAAAUUGCCUCUCAGGAUGUAGGAAUAAUUAUUUUUUCUGCGAUCCAAGAAGCUGCCGUAGCCCCUACAGAAUAUCAAUAUCUGCAUUUCCUACUGCGUUUUCCUGUGAAAUAUUGCGUUGUCAAUUGAUCUUCUCAAAAGACAGCAUGGAGAUUUUGUGCAUUCUGUUCACAGUAUUUUUGUAUGUAUGCGUUAGUAUAACUGGAACCAGCUUCACAUGGAUCAACUCUAGUGGCAUUUUAGACUUCGCAUUGUAUUAAUCAUUUGAAAGGUAAUUUGUGUUCUCUGAAAUUGUUGCAUAAAACUCUUUUAAGGUUAGAUGAGGUAGAUAAAGGAAUUUUCAUUAAUAUGUGUACCUAUUACUUUUCAGUCAAUGCAACAGUGAAGCUGUGUUGCUAA